CCAACAGCAAUCCCUUGAAACAGUACCCAAAGGCACUCAACGGCGUCAUUUUGAAGGAAAAAGUUCUCUAAACUAGAGAGGCGAUUCGAGUGCGGAGGAGGAUCCAUGAGAUGAGCUUCCAUUUAGCGCGUUUCAUUCUCCAAUUUGGAAUAUCUUCAAGAACUGCUAGUAUUAACUCCAGUAGUGGUUAUUACCAUCUCCUUUUCAAUCCCAACAAACGCAAAUUUACUGCAACUGCCAUUCCUACAGCCCAAAAGUCAAGUAAAGAAGAGCUAUUGGUAGUUGUUGGAGGUGGAGCAGCUGGAGUGUAUGGAGCUAUUAGAGCCAAGACUCUGGCUCCUAAUCUUGAUGUCCUUGUUGUAGAGAAAGGAAAUCCUUUAUCUAAGGUGAAAAUAUCAGGGGGAGGCAGAUGCAACGUGACAAAUGGGCAUUGUUCUGACAUUAAGAUUUUAGCGGAACAAUAUCCCAGGGGUCACAGAGAAUUCAAAGGUUCUUUCUUUGACAUGCAUGGCCCAGCAGAUACAAUGUCCUGGUUUACUGAUCAUGGGGUGGCUUUAAAGAUUGAGGAGGAUGGAAGAGUGUUUCCCACCAGCAACAGCUCGUCUUCAGUAAUUGAUUGUCUUCUGUCUGAAGCCAAACAUAGAGGAGUUUCAUUGCAGAAUAGAAAAGUUGUAUCAAGUGCAUCUGUUGAAGCUGGUGGAAAGUUUCUUUUGAAGCUUGAGAAACGUACAGUCAGUUUCGUUGAAAAUGUCAAAGCUGAUUAUCUAUUGAUUGCCAGUGGGAGUAGCCAGCAGGGUCAUAGUCUUGCAGCUCAGCUUGGUCAUUCAAUUGUAGAUCCAGUACCGAGCUUAUUCACUUUUAAGAUUGCAGAUUCAGGACUAGCAGAAUUAUCAGGGGUUACAUUUCCGAAGGUUGAAGUGAAGCUGAAAUUAGAAAACAUUCUGAGGAACACACCACACCUUACACAGGUUGGACCCAUGUUAGUGACACACUGGGGGCUCAGUGGGCCUGUGAUUCUUCGUCUUUCUGCUUGGGGGGCACGUGAUCUGUUCAGUUCAGGUUACAAAGGCACACUUAUAGUGGAUUUUGUUCCUGAUUUGCAUAUAGAAGACAUGAAGUCAAUCCUUAAUCGACACAAGCAUAAAUAUGCAAAACAAAAGGCACUUAAUUCAUGGCCAUUGGGGUUCAGCCUUACAAAGAGAUUUUGGAAAUAUAUUGUGGAUCGAGAGGGUCUGAUUGGAGAUGCACUGUGGGCCUCCAUAUCAAACAAUUCCAUUGUUUCUAUUGCUCAUCUUUUAAAGCAUUGUGCAUUUGAAAUAACAGGAAAGGGCCAGUAUAAGGAUGAAUUUGUCACUGCUGGAGGUGUUCCUUUAUCUGAGAUCUCUUUGAACACAAUGGAAAGCAAGAAAUGUGCACGUCUUUUCUUUGCAGGAGAGGUGCUGAAUGUUGAUGGGGUAACUGGUGGUUUUAACUUCCAGAAUGCAUGGUCUGGUGGAUAUAUUGCUGGUACAAGCAUUGGUGAACUAGCAGCUGAAGCUACUUUGGAAGAGGGCAUUCUUUGAACACGACAGUUUAGUUGUUUCCAUUGCAAGCUUGUAUGGACAUGAUGAUAUAUCUUACGAGAAGCUUGUGAAUGAAUGUACAUGUAGGAACAUGAUUAUUGAAUGUGCUUCAAUUUUGACAUAUAAUUUUUUGUUUUCUUUUUCCCCUAUCUGUAGUUGGCAACAAUAAAUGAAAAUUAUUGCAUCUAA